AUGAGGUUCGCAAUCGUCUUCUGUAUAGUUGCACUAGCUACUCUAGCCUAUUCUCAGCCAUUGGUCGACACCGUAAAACAAAUUCAAUACCCGUCCAAAGCACCUGUAUCAAAACCAGAAAAGGAAUCAGAUAGACCAGCUGCACUGAAACCUGUUAAGGAACCAAUGAAACCAACUGUAUUGAAACCUGUUAAGAAACCAGUGAAACCUAUUGUAUCGAAACCAGUUAAGGAACCAGUAAGACCAUCUGUAUCAACGUCUGUUAACGAAUCAGUCACCACAACUCCUACAGUAAAACCCGUAACCGAAAAAGAGGAGAAACCUCAAAAAUUAGAAUCUAUUGUUGAAAAUAUUAUUGAGAACCAUAGGCCUAAACCGGAAGUGGACACUUUUAAUGGCAAAGUAGUGCCAACACCAAAAUACCCCACUAAAUUAAAUUAA